AUGAGCAUCGGUCAGAUCAUUGAGGAAACACUGACGAAGAAGGCGAGCGAAGUGCAGAUGUCGUGGAACGCUCCGGAUGGCUUAGAUGUGACAAAGCGGCAUCUGUGGGCAAAGGCCCGGAACAAGAUUGUGAUCGAGCGCGACUUUGCGGGGAUAUGGCCCCAAGAAUCGUUGGAUGACGUGGCGAAUAAGAAGCCUGCUCCAAAGCCUCGAAAGCGCAAAGCCACAGAGCCCAUUCCUGAGGCUGCAGUGGCAAAGCGGACACGGGGAUCGCGUGCGAAGGCCGCAGUGGCUGAAGCUGAUGCACAGCCAAGCGUAUUUACGGUCGCAAUACCAGCAAAGGCACCCGAUUGGCUUGUAACGCACGCCCGGGUGCUGUCGCAGAUUGACCUCGGGAUUCACUACCAGAAUCUCGUCAACACCUCCAUGUGGCUAGAGGCAGCGUUCGGGUUCUUCGGCGACAAUUAUCACGCACCUGUGCCGACCAAGUCCCGGCCAGCGGCAUUGGAGAAAUGGGUUGCGAAUAAGGGCACGGAGCUUCCAAAGAUCAAGGGGAGCAAGACCUUUGCAACAAAGUGGAGAGCGUGGUGGCAGAGCCUACAACCAGAUUGGCGGGUGCUGGACUCCUUGGGGCGGUAUGCAAAGGGCGGAGAUGUGCUGUAUGGCAAGGAUACGGAGUGGGGUGACCUAGAUAGUCCCGGUCCACCUCAGUUACCACCGCCAUCACCCGGUUGCACCCCCGCGGGGGUCCUACUGGGUACCCUCAGACGUAGCUCUGAGGGGGCAUAUGCGGGGGUCAGCAGGGGGGGGUCUGUACAUGUCAUGUGA